AUGGAACCCAAACCCGCCGAGCCACCCAUUCAUCGUCCUAAACAACUCACGGAUUUGCCGAGUGAGAUCCUCGCUCGCAUCUGUGAAUAUCUCUUGCCUGAUUAUGGCCCCAGACCGACGCCGUUCCAAGCUGGUGAGGACAAGAGGAUUCUAAUUCUCUCAAAAGUCGAAGCCAUGUGGAGGUUUACAAGUGUCCAAGGGCUCGAGGGCGAUACGGAGCGAUUCGCAGACUCCGUCCGCCGAAGUCCAAAUCAAUAUUUUACGAACUUCAGGCCUGAAUUUGCAUGGGCGGCACCAUCCGUUAUCAAGGAGCGACGAAGCACUGGCCUUGCUGGCCUCGCAGCCUCGUGCAGACAAUUCCACAGCCACGUCCAGAGACUCCCCAAGAAGCAUGUCUUCACCAUGACAGUCAAUUUCCACGGCCUAACAUUUGAGAACCUGCGAAAUGCAUCGCCUACACAGACUUUCAGGACCGGGACCCUCAACGAUGGUCCACCAGUGAUGGCCUCGCUAGAGGGGCCUAUGCUUGUCUAUUUACCAAAAAUGCAACUUCCCGGAAAUACCGCGUUCGGCGCCUUCACAACGGCGUUCAAGAGCAUUAGGCAUCUGAACAUACACGUGGAGUUAUACGGAUCUGAGGAAAAGAAGAAGCUAGAACUUUACCUCGAGCAAAUUGGCCAAUUCCUCAUCUUUCACGCCGGCACUCAGUUCUCCUUGUCAACGCUGGAUAUCAUUGUGCACCUGGAUUACCGCAUCCCCGCUAGUAGUAGUACUGGUUCUCCGCAUGCGAGUGCAUUCAGCGAUCCGAUGAAUACCGAGAUCCCAUGGAGGUUUCGGCUGCCAAGCAGCGCUGCGGACUGGGCUUAUGAGAUUGGUGACGGUAUACGUGACUUUGCCAGAGCUAUGCACAAGAUCCAAACCGUACACAACACGAGCCUGGAAUCCACCGGAUCGGGCAGGGAGGGCACGCGGGCUCCCUUUAAGCUGCGGCUGUUCCUUCGUGGUCACCACAAGGAUCACAUAGCGGGAGUCGAUGAGACGCGAUAUCCGAUAGAGAUGCCGUUGGAAUCCUUCGAGACGCUCUGUGGAUAUCUUCAAGACCGGCUUUUCUUUGGCCACCCCAGAGCAGAGAAUCGAAUCAUCGACCGAGAAGGCUGCAUCGCUGAACUCGGAUUUCCCCUUGACGAGGCACCUCCCUAUCGCAGAUUGAAGUUUUGA